AUGGGAAAAAAGAAAUGGGCAAAGAAACAAACCGGUGAGAAAACCCCUUCAACCCGCAGAGAAGAAACCCCAGAAUCGCAUCCGCCACUGGGAGAGCGGCCGCGUGACCCGCAACCACAGAAGCCGAUUGCUCAGGCUCCGGCGAUGGUUUCUUUGAACACACUGGCGGAGUUCCUCAGACAGCAGGACCCGAAUAGAGAUUGGGCGACUGCGUUGGCAGGUUUUAGCCAAGUCUGGGGUAAAUCGAGCACAACCGGAGAAGCCCCGGCAGUAACUGCAGCAGAACCGAUCGUGCAGCCCACAGUACAACCACCCACUUCCAUUCCGGUUUCCUCAGCAAUUCCACCAGAAAGGGAAUCUUUCUCGGUGACCACACCGCCAGAGCCCUCGGAACCCUCCCAAACUCCACAACAAAGUGACUCGAUGGAUAUUGACCCCAUCUCCGCCUACUACGAUUCUGACCUAGGGGAAAGGGAAGCGAGAAGAAGAGAGGAGCAGAAGAGUCAAGAGAGAGGAGAUGAACCAGAAAGAACGCCGGUAGCGGAGUCUACUCCUCAAGAAAUGGCGAGGGAGGAGAUAGAUCUGAAUGAAACCGCCAGGAAGCAAGGCCUCAUGACUAAUGAGGAGUUUGAAGCGCUUUUGAACAAGUUAACUAGGAUGGACGAUGCCACGAUGGCUGAGGAUCUGGACCUGACAUCAAGGGCAGUAAGAGAGGGUGGAGAAGCGAGUGCAAGGAAUGACUUAGAGGACCAAGUCAACAAGCCAGUAGACGAGAAAGAAGGAGAGACAGAGUCGAUAACUCCCAGCCAGACGCAGGGGAGAGUGAUACGCAUAUUGACCAGGAGGAGACAGUAG